UCAGGAUCGGAGACAUUUCCACCCGGUUAUCGCAUGUCUCUUCUGGCCGACUGGGCGGCCAAGCAUGCGCCCGAGAAAUCGAUCCCCAAUACUCUCACCCGCCUUCCCGAGUCGUUCGUCAAUGACUACGCCUCGGUCUGCUAUACGGCAUUGCCGAUGUUUCUUUUGAUUCGAGAGAGACUAAGGGUAAUGACCCAGAUCGAGGGGGAGAAGGCCGAACUGGAAGGGCUUCUGAAGACCUCGACCGCGGAGCAGGAGAGGUUGAAGGGCCCAGUAGGGGAAGGCCAGUUAAGGGUGUUGAUGCUUCAAGGGGAGGUCAAUGAGCUUCAGUCUCGCUUGGACUCGGUUGAGUCUGAACUGAUGAGCUCAAAGGCUCUCCUUGAACGUGUGGAGGAGGACAAUGCGUGGUUGGCAGUUGAACUUGGGCAGGCUAGACGUGACGUUGUCGAGGAGCUAGCUAAUCAACGUGCCGAGCUUGAAGCAUCGGUUGCUUCUCAGGCUGCUGCGGCUGUUGAGGAGUUCAAGUCUUCGGCAGAGAGGUCUGUCGAGCAGGACAUGGUCUACUACUAUGCCUAUAACGCCACCUACAACACCUGUUUGGGUGAUGUUAGAAGACUCUAUCCGAAUAUCGACCUCAAUGCUCUGGCUACCGAGGAGGUCGAAGAUGCUCCUACUGCUGAGGCCGAGGACGCUCAUGCUGCUGCUGAGGCCAAAGGCGCUCCCGACGUUCAACCUCCCAGCUCUACGACCGAUCCUCCUCAUCGAAACGAAUAAUUUCA